UGGAAAUUCUGCUAUUGUAGGUUUGAUUGAGUUAUUUAAAACGAAAAUUAUAGGCAACCGGUGGAAUAUUUAGAACCUCAGCGUCAUCUUCACUGGAUGGAAACUUACCUGGCAGCUUUCCAUUUGCUUCAGGAGGAAGAUGACCAAGCGUGGACCUGCUAAUUGAUUGGGCUUUGUGUAAAAGAAACUCCCACAUAGGUUGACACAGCAGCUGCACAACGAGAGAUAGCAAGCCAGUGCAUUUUUCGACAUUGGUCUAAUGCGUGAAUACUGAAUUAGAAGGGCCAGAUAUAGAAGGCUGCUAACUGCACUUUAGAUUUGGAACUGCCAAUGGAAGCUGAUUACCAACGAUCCCAUGUUUAUACUGUGGGGAGCAACCUGAAUGUUUCUUGUAAUCCCGUGGGCACAAUGGACCCGGCAGUGAAGAUACCAAGACAAAAGAAGUCAGCGAGGGACUGGCAGAAAGUGUGUACUGCUAUGAUUCUGAUCCUGACAUUAGUAAUAUUGGCAUGUCUGGUACUUGGAACAGUCUACAUCAUAGAGCUCAGAAUGGAAUUCAAGAAAAUCCAAAAGGAUCAAGACGAGAAAAGCUCACAAGCAAAGAUAAUUGGAGCUCCAGAAGUUAAGAAGCAGGCCACGGUUGCUGCACACCUCACAGGACUGUACGCUGCCGGGAAUUCGAGUACACUCCUAUGGGAGGCCAAGAAGGACAAUGCCUUCAUAAGUGGAUUACAUUACAAAGAAGGUUCAUUGGUCAUUAAUGAAGAUGGCUACUUCUUAAUUUACUCCAAAAUCUACUUCCGAGGCACAGAGUGUAAAUCAGACACAGUGCUGGAACAGAAAGUGUUUAAGCGAACCGAUCGCUAUCCGAAAGAUCUUCCUCUAAUGGCUGUCAGGAGCAACUUGUACUGUCCUGAGAAGAAAAAUUUGUGGUCAAGAAAUAGUUUUCAAACAGGAAUAUUUAAGCUAAUCAAAGGCGAUCAUAUAUUAGUGAGAGUGUCAGAUCCAAAAUUAGUCAAUUUUGAUCAGUUUUACACUUUUUUUGGAUUACAUAAGCUUUAGUUUCUGCUGAUUAUUUUUAAUUCUUCCUAUGCCUAUGGAUCAUAGGUUUGUGCACCUGAGUAAGCUUUUAAGUUAUUUUCUUCAUAUGAUAUUGACAAUAAAAUGUUUAAACCCUUAUGCCUUAGUCAAACAUAUAGUGCAAUCUGAUUGAAUAUACGAGGGGUGAUUGAUAAGUUCAUGGUCUAAGGUAGAAGGAGUCAAUUUUGGAAAACCUAGCACAUUUAUUUUUCAACAUAGUCCUGUCCUACACUUACACACUUAGUCCAGCAGUCAUGGAGCAUAUGGAUCCCAUCUUUGUAGAAGUUGGCUGCUUGGGCCUCCAGAAGCUGUUUGAUAAGUUUGUGGCCUAAGGUAGAAGGAGAUGAGUUAUACAGCUCUCAUUACAUGCCUGUGUAGUUCAACUCUGAGUGAUUAUCCGGAAAGUUUGAAGUUGAUAACUCAUCUCCUUCUACCUUAGGCCACAAACUUAUCAAUUAUCCCUCGUAUAUUGAUGAGGGUGAGGGUAAAAGUUAUACAUUUGAAAACAACAUUUAUAGUAAUGUGAUAUUGAUAUAUAGUACUUAUUGCAUUUGGAUAAUUUUAUCUUGUCAAGCAUUUGCUUAGAUAUGAAUGUAUUUGCAUAUUUGGAAUUGGAAUCUUAUAUAAAGAAAAGAAGAAACACUGCAAGUUUAAUUUUAUUGGCCACAACAAUGUUAGCAAGGCAUUGUGAAUUAUUAACUGUGUAUUAAAUGAGUAUGAAUUGAAAAUAUAACAUAAA